CGUAUUUCACUGUUUUUUAAUAAACUUACAAAUACUUGAUGAAUAAUUUAUCAAGAGUUAUAUUUGGUUUUCCACGGAUAUCUCAUAUUAAGACGUUUAAACGUCCAUCUAAACCAUGGAUUGUCUUUUUUUUGUCUUUUUUCACAUUUUCUGGACUUGUAAUCUAUGAUAAAAAAGAAAAAGAUAAAGUAAUUGAAAAGUAUUGUAAUAAAGUGAAGUUCCUUUCUGAAAAACCUAUGGAUCCAUUAGAACUUCCAAGGAAAGUGAAGAUCUAUAUGAGUUUGCCGCCAGGAAAUGACAUUUGGAUGAUUCAAAAUUAUUUUCAAGAAUAUAUUAGGCCUAUUCUUCAAGCAGGAGCCGUAGAUUAUGAAAUUAUUCAAGGAAAUAAAGAAGGAUAUUUACAGCGUCAAGUGUCUGAAGAAAUCCUUCAAUACCGACGUGGUGAAUCUGGUUUAAGUCCAGAAAUGCAUAAAGUUAUGACAAAUGUUCGUCCUAGUACUGAAGAAAGCAGUGCUAUUAUUAUAGGAAGGCAUUCUUUGAAAGAAUAUUUGGCAGGAAUCCAUGAUGGUUGGCUUGAAAUGCUAGAAAGCCCAUCUGUAUUGUCUGAUUCUUCAAAAACAUCAGUUAAUAUUUUAAAAGAAAGCGUUUCAUCAGUUUUGUCUAAAAAAAAAUCUGAUUCAAACUUUACAGACGAUAUAACAAUUCCUACACUUCAAUUUAUCCCCUAUCCUUAUGUUCUUGGGUUUUUCAAUAUGCAUAUUCGAAUAUAUCGGUUCUUGAAUAGACGUUUCCUUGCUCAAUCUAUUGCAUCAAAAACUGUAGACAUCCUUUUAUCAAAUAAUACUCGUUUGUGGUCCGAUAAUGAUAAAUAUCUUGGAGAAGACGAGUGUCAUGGCUGGCCUAAACAAUAUAAAACUCGUACUACUUCUGGUGUAUGGACUGACGAUUUUCCUUUAGAUAAACGAAUCAUGAGUCAUGUACAUCUUUAUUGCUGAUAAUUCAAAAGUAUUAAUAAUCAAUAAACCU